AUGUCGGACGGAGACGUGGAUACAAGCAGCAGUGGCGACGAUACGAUCAAGUCGAAUAUGGUCAGCAAACUUCAGACUUCAUCAGCAUUUUCAUCGGGGCUGUUGUCAUGUACAUCCCUAACGUCGUCUGGCCCGAUGAUGCAGGAUUUCCUCGACUAUGAUCCACCAAGCCACACUUCAGAUGACACGUACUAUUCGUCGUUCACAUAUUUCGUUAGCCGUUCUAUUGGACUCGGGUUCUUGUGCCUACCAUACGCGUUUAAGCAGGUGGGCGUGAUCACCGGCUUGGCGUUGUGCUCUAUCGCCGGAUUGAUGUUUACCCACACAUUUACUACCUUGUGCAGUUUAAGGUAUGAACUAUAUAAAAUACACAGAGUGCCGUCAAUGCCGUAUCAGAACUUUAUCGAGUACAGCUUGGCAUGUGGCCCGAGAGUAAUCGGCAAAUGGUUUUCAACGUUUUUAAGGUAA